UGGGUUUGGAGGAAUUUUGUUCCAACCAAUAGGAAGAGGGCUGGGAAGCAAGAACACGCCCACGCAAAUUCGAAGGAGAAUGGAGAAAAAGAGCGAGAACCAGCAGCAGAAGAAACUAUGCAAGAGGUGCAAUCAGACCUACACUCCUUCAUCUAACACCCCUUCAUCAUGCCGCUUCCACCCUUCUUUCUUUGUCUGUCGCCGCCAUGACGACCAAAAAAGGUACUAUGAAUUGGGACCAAAUGAUCCGCCGUAUGCUGCCAAGUUCUAUGAUUGUUGUGGGGCUGAGGACCCUGAGGCAUCUGGCUGCACCACCAGUCUCCACGUUUCAUAUGAUGAUGAUUGAUGAAAUCUCUCUUCUGUAUCACCCCAAUCUGCGACUGUUGAAUAAAUUUGUAGAUAUUCCUCCAUCUCUUCCAUCGACCCUGAGGCAUCUGGCUGCACCACCAGUCUCCACGUUUCAUAUGAUGAUGAUUGAUGAAAUCUCUCUCUUCUGUAUCACCCCAAUCUGCGACUGUUGAAUAAAUUUGUAGAUAUUCUUCCAUCUCUUCCAUCAACAUAUAUCUCAUUUUUAAUUUCACUAAACGUCUUGAUGUCUUUCCUUAUUACCAAUGUUUCAUGGAGACAUGUUUUGUAGACA